GAGAUAUCUCUAGGGUUUGUUUGAAUCUCCGGCAACGAUGAAAACGGAGGAUGUGACGGCGAAACGAGAUUCGACGGAGGUGGAAUCUGACUCUUCUGUCUCUGAAAAACCGAAGAUCGAAGAUGAAGAAGACGACACAAGCAUGGAAGAAGAAGAAGAAGAAAGCGAUAACGAAGGCUUAUGGAGUACCGACGCAGAAGAAGACGUAGUAAGAUCUCCGACGAUUAACUAUUCAAACUAUCGAGAUCCGGAUCCGGAGUGGGAUGUGGACAGUUACGACGGCCACGAAUUGGUAUUCGACCCCGACGGCCGUGAAGGUUUCUCCAGCGACAAGGCGUACGCAGAGUUCCGCGAGUAUAAAACCAUAUGCUUUAAGAAUAGGGGGUUUUUAGAUGAUCCAUUCAGAUCCAUCUACCCCAUGAGAAAUCUGGAUGAUCUCUGGACAACCAUGACUAAGAGGCAAUAUUUGACUGAUAUUGCUUCGCUGUGUGUUAAGAAACUCAACGAGGAGAAGCGUUUGUCUGUGGAAGUUGUGAGCAUUGUGAGAGGCAAUCUAAAACCAGGAGAUGGGUGGAAGCUGUACAUCACCUUUAUGGCUCGUGAGUCUCCGGAUGGUCCUCUCAUCGAGUAUCAAGCCAAGGCCUUGGAUUUUGGAGGAAAACCUCCAUUUCCCAUUCUCUGCCGGCGGGCCUCUAGCAUGAUUUGUGUUGUCAAUUAUUGUGGGAAAGUGAAGUAAACAUAGGGUUCUUUGCUUAUAAGAAUAUUCCUAAUCCUUCAACAAUUCAACCUUACAAUUGCAGAUUGGGUAUGAUGCUCUUCUCUUCUUGGGGAAGAUGAAGAUCAAAAUAUGGCUUUCCAGUUAUAAGUAGCAUGCGUCCAUGUGGAUUUUAGUUUUUCUUUUAAUCUUAUUUUGACCUUCAA